AUGGCGUCUCGCUACGCCGUGAAAUACCUGAAGCGAGAGGACUACGGCGGCGUCCUCCUCCCUCUCCUCUGCGGGCCCGCCUUCUUCGUUUGCUGGACAGUGGCGUUGAACGAGUAUGCGGCGUGCUGGCGGGAAUUCCAAGGCAGCCGCGCCCGCACCCGCGGCUGGUGGUCGUCCGCGUUUUUCCCCUCUCUGGCCUCCGUGGCGUCGUACUACGCUGGCGGGGCGCGUCUCGCCAGCCACACCACCUUUGACACUCGGGUUGCGGAGAUGUUGCUGAUAAGCUACGUGUGUGUGCUGCUGUUUCGUGCGGCGUCUUUUUUUAUCGGUGUGCGAAUUGUGAUGAACUUUGGGAGGGGGCAUGAAAACCGUCUUUUACGUGCGCCCGCGGCCAGUUGA